CUCACACAAAGCUCGCCGCGAUCUCUCCCGCCGGGCUGGGCCAGGGACCGUCGCAAACAUUCACCCAUCGAUUGGCGCUAUCAAAGAUUUGACGAGCAUUAGCACCGAAUUUGCCGGGGAACAGACAGAAUAGGCGAGAGCCGCCCUCCUUCUCAAUUUGGGUCCGUCUCCCAAGCCGCCAGCCCCAGCCCAGCCAUACUGAUUUUUUUCCGCCUCCAGUUCCGCCUUUCGGUUUGCUUGGAGACUAUUACUGCCCAACCUUGGUCUUGUAUUUCUCGCGAGCAGAGAAUUUUGGGGGGCGUUCAAGAUCAGAUUUUCAUUCUUAUUAUUUGCUUUUGCGCAGUACGGAAGAACGCAGUGGUCAAGAUGGUCGUCAAGGAGUAUGUCACCUAUAACCAGGUAUGUCUCUCAUCGCACCCCGCACUCCCCUCACCUCCACCGAGGCAGCGCAACACAGACAGUACCGUCCAAUUCGCGCAGCCUUGAACCACCACCACCAACCGCAACCGCACCCACGACCUCAAAACCACGGCAGAAAAUGCUUACCAGUAAAAUGUAUAGGUCCACAAGCUCUGCCAGGAAUCCGCGCCUAGAAUCCUCUCCGACUUCCAACCCGAAUUGAUCAUCGCCAUCGGCGGAGGAGGCUACGUCCCGGCCCGCAUUCUGCGCUCGUUCUUGAAGCAGCCUGGUUCCCCGAAUAUCCCCAUCCAGGCGAUCGGUCUCUCGCUCUACGAACAGCUGCCCUCGAAACACUCGAGUGGUUCAAAUACUCCGGGUGAGGUGGAGGUUCCUGGUACGAAGGUUACGAGGACGCAAUGGUUGGAUUUGACGAGUUUGGGAGAGGUAUGUUCUCACAAUGAGAGGUGUUACAUGGGGGAUUACAUGGUAUAUGCUGAUUUUUUGAAUGGCAGAUGGAGAAUCUGGUGGGCAAGAAGAUUUUGAUUGUUGAUGAGGUUGAUGAUACACGUACGACACUUGAAUACGCUGUUAAGGAGUUGGAGAAGGAUGUUGAAGCUGCACGAAAGAAGUUGGGGUAUGAGGGUGCGAAGACGGAGUUUUCGAUAUUUGUUUUGCAUGUAUGGAUCCCUCAUUCUAUCACCACCUCACGAUCUAUGUACUAACAAUUCUUGCUUGCAGAACAAGAACAAGGAGAAGAAAGGUCACUUGCCCCAAGACAUGUGGAACGAGAAUCGAUACCGCGCCGCGCGAACCGUGGAGGAUGUUUGGAUUUGCUACCCAUGGGAGGCUACGGACAUAGAUGCACACGAUGAGUUUGCGCGCAAGCAGGGAGGUGCAUGAUAAACUUAUGCGGGAGAUAUUUUUGCAUAUUCAUAUGCUGCUGGGAGGAAAUCU